AUGUCCCCACAGUACAAUGUCCCUCACUGUGAUGCUGACGGUGUGUACACAGUGAGAGAAGUAGCUGUACAGAGUGGAAGAUCUUUCACCAUCCCAUGUCUCUAUCAUAGAGAAUAUGAAAAUCAUGUGAAAUACUGGCGUCAUGGUCCAGACUGGGAUUUUUGUGAAUAUGUAGUACGCACUGACCAUCCAAUAGUUAAAGGUGAAACAUCAAUCACUGAUGACCCCACCCAUCAUGUGUUCACUGUUACCAUGAGAAAGCUUAAGAUGAAGGACUCUGGAUAUUACUGGUGUGCUGUAGAGAUCCAGCAUGCUCCAGAUAAGGGAGCAUAUCUGCACCUGUCAGUCACUGCAGGCAUUCCUGGACUCUGGGUUGAGCAGCAGGAGGUGGCCGGUGUGGAAGGGGGCCAUGUCAGUGUGCCGUGUCACUAUAAUGAACCGAGCAGCAUGAAGAAGUGGUGCAGGAUAGAGGGCUCCUGUGUGGAAGUGAAUUCUGGUAAAUCUGGAAGAUCAGAGAUGAAAGAUGACCGCUCUAAAAAGGUCUUCACUGUGACGAUGAGGGAGCUGAACAUGGAGGACACAGGCUGGUAUCGGUGUGCUGCUGGAGAACUACAGAUCCCUGUUCACCUCACUGUCACUCAGAAAACUACAAUGACCACAGUCACCACAUAUGCUGAUGGUGUGUACACAGUGAGUAGAGUAGUUGCACAGCGUGGAAAAUAUGUCACCAUCCCAUGUGUCUAUGAUAGAGAAUAUGACUAUCACGUGAAAUACUGGUGUCAUGGGUCAAACUGGAAUUUUUGUAAAACUGUAGUACGCACUGACUCUCCUAAACAUACUGGUAAAACAUCAAUCACUGAUGACCCCACCCAUCAUGUCUUCACUGUUAACAUGACAAUGCUGACAACCUGGGACUCUGGAUAUUACUGGUGUGCUGUAGAGAUCCAGCGCGCUGGAGAUAAGGGAGCAUAUCUGUACCUGUCAGUCACUGCAGACAUUCCUGGACUCUGGGUUGAGCAGCAGGAGGUGGCCGGUGUGGAAGGGGGCCAUGUCAGUGUGCCGUGUCACUAUAAUGAACCGAGCAGCAUGAAGAAGUGGUACAGGAUAAAGGGCUCCUGUCUGGAAGAGAAUUCUGGUAAAUCUGGAAGAUCAGAGAUGAAAGAAGACCACUCUAAAAAGGUCUUCACUGUGAUGCUCAUCCUGUGUCUCCUUACAGAGGGAGUCCAGCCUCACACAGGAGCAAGAGAGGACCGGACCAACGAGCUGACGACUGCAGACUCUGAAGAUGAAGUGACCUACAGCACAGUGUUCACCAACACACAGUCAUCAUCACACAGAAUAAGUCCACAACAGUCACAGGUUGAGUAG